AGCCAAUCAUGAUCUGCCCCGUAAAGUACUUGGCACAAGCUGUAAUACGGAAGAGCAUCCCAGCGGCUCUCACCCUUCAAUUGCUUCAGAGAACUCGGGGUGGCAAAGUUGGCCUCUCAAACUUGUCAAUCUGUCCUUUCUUUUACGUUCAGUUCCCGAGUCAAUUUGAGACGUUGAUUCCAUCGUGUUUUGCUGAGCCGGGCCUUCUCGCUUGGUUAUGUAGCUUGCUGCGAUCAGCGGUGCCAGGACGACCUCAAGUCUGAUCUCGUUCUGCGGAUCGGAUCCCAUCCUCAUAGCGCAGAAACACAACAUGGCCAAGUUUCGAUUGAGGAUGCUCCCAUUCAGUCUCGUGGCCCUCGUGGGCCUUAUGGCCUCAGUUGGGACAGCGUACUCACCCUUGGCCGACGCGUCAACGGCAUCGCCCUCUCCGUCAGCCGACGUCGAACUCAUCUGCCACACCGACAACCCCGCCGAAUGCUACCCCAAGGUCUUCCAACCAACACACGAGUUCCAAGUAGUCCACGAUGACCAGGACCUCCCGCAGGGCCUCCACGUCCGGCUAGACGUGUUCACGGGCAAGAAGGAAGCCAAGAUCAACGUCCCGGACGAGAGUGAUCCAGCACUAGAGGGCCUCCCGGUGGACUCGUCUGUCGUGAUAGUGGACCGAGACCAGCCCGAGCCAGAUGGACCAUCUCACGACCAGGCCAGGCUCCCGCCCAAUGCCCCCGCCUAUGACCCAGCGGGGAAGAUCAAAAAGCCCAAGUCUGCCGACGCAGGCGAGGGCAGCGCCUUCUACCGGUCCUUGACCAUCCUCAAGAAGGGCCUCGACGUGGACGGCGCGCUGGAGAUGCUCGAGGACAUCUCCCACGACAUCUACUACGGCCUCAAGAUAGCCGAGGACUACGACACCGUCCACGAGCUCUCCUGCCUGGCCAGUUCCUCCUCGUCUGCGGCAGGCGAGGACAACGGAACAGCCGAAAACCAGGCGACCCGCGCGCGCCUCGCAGCCCUGACGCUGUCGUCGACCGUGCAAAACAACCCCAAAGCCCUCGCCGAGAUCGAGCGGCACUGGCCCAAGCUGUCCGCCGCCCGGUGCCCCUCCUCGCCGGUGCCCCUCGGCGAGGCCACCUUCACGCUCUUCCCGCCGUCGCCCUCGCGCUCGCCCAACCACCACCCGGCCGACGCGGCGGCUCUGACGAAAGCGCGCGUCUCGCUCCUCAGCGGGCUGCUCAAGUCGCCCGCCCUGCGCCGCGCCUUCCUCGCCUCGGACGGCCCGUCCCACCUCGUCCGCCUCCUCGCCUCCUCCCCUUCCACCUCCACCUCCACCUCCACCUCGGCCGCCGACGACGACGAGGCGUGGGCGCCCGCGCAGCGCGCCGCCGCCUUCCUCCUGAUCGACAACUUCCUCGACCCGGACAUGGGCGCCACGCUCGGCGAGUGGCCCACCCGCGCGCAGCUCGCUGACGGCGACUGCGCCGCGCGGGAUGGCAAGGGCGGGAGCGAGGAGGAGGCGGUGGAGGAGUGCUUGGAUUGGCACGUGCAGCGGAUAGCGACCAAGUACAAAGGGGUUAGCGACCACUGGAGUCAUGAUUUGAGAUCUAAGCUGGGCAAAUACAGGACGGCGGCUGCGGCUGGGGCGGCUGCGCAGGACGAGUCCAGGAAGAAGUUGGAUUUGUGAGCGAUGCAUUGUGUAUACGUGUUUCUGCAUUUGGAGGUCCUGGUUGAAAACUGUUAUAUAUACCCUGCUGUAGAUACAUUAUUGACUGUGUUUGUUGAGGCUCAUGGCUGCGGUGAUUCUUCAUCUAAGCCUAGUUAAAAGACAACUGGGACAUCGAAAC